AUGAGUGUCAAUAUGGAAAUAAUUGUUGGCACCUACGAGGAGUUCUUGUUGGGCUACAAAAUUGAUGUUAAGGACGACAAGCCGGCUAUUAUCCAAACAUUUGCUGAUAAAUCCCAUUCAGGAUCUAUAAGAUGUGUAGCGGUUAAAGAUCAAUGGGUGGCCAGCGGUGCUACAGAUGAUCGUAUAUUUAUUUAUGAUAUGAGUACAAGAAAACAGGCACAGAUUUUACUUUCCCAUGAUGGCACAGUUAACUCCUUGGCAUUCACACCAGAUGGUACUCACCUCUUAUCAGCUGCCGACGACGGACGCAUGGUCGCCACUCGCUUAAAAACAUGGUUUAAUGAUGCUACAUGGAAGAAAGCCCACAGUGGUUCAGCUGUCACACAUGUCAGUUGUCAUCCAAGUGGUAAACUGGCCUUAUCCCUAGGCUCAGAUUUAGUAUUGCGAACAUGGAAUUUGGUUAAGGGACGAGUGGCUUAUAAAACGAAUCUUAAAAGUCGUAAUACUUUGGGCUUUCAACCAGAUUGUUUAACAUGGUCACCGACUGGAGAUUAUUUUACUUUAUCUGGACAAAGAAUUGUUGAAUUCUGGUCCAUCAAGACAGCAGAUGUUGUACGUUCACAAAAGACAAAAUCGAAGCCAAUAUGUUUGGCAUGGAUUGCAGAUGAUGUAUGUCUAGUCGGUCUGGAAGAUGGUAAAAUUUUGUGGCUAAACGUUGAUAAUGAAGAAGAAAAGGAAAUUGUUGCUCACAAUAGCCGUGUAAAAGCUAUGACUGUAUUCAAAGAGAAUCUUGUUACAGCUUCAAGUUCGGGUGAAAUCAAAGUAUGGCAAAUUGUACAAAAUAAACAAAAGAUAAAGGAAAUCGCCUCUACUAACAUUGGAUGUCGUCCAACAUGUCUGAGUGUAUUGGAUUUAGAACAAUUUGGAAGCAGUUAUGUGAUCAGUAGCACAAUUGAAGAAGUCAAAGAUAUCAAGCCAAUAAAACCAAAAGUUAAGCCUGUCCCAAGGGGAGUUGUUACAAUUGAAUAUGACGAAGAGGACGAUUCAAAAGCCGACAAUAAUGAAGAUGAGGAAGAGGAAGAAAGUGAAGAUGAUGACAAUGAUGAUUCUGAAAAUGAUGCUGACAGUGUUGCUGAAGAAGAUAAUGACAAUGCAGAAGAGGAAGAAAAUGACGACGACGAAGAUGAAGAAGUUGAAGAGAAUGAUUCAAGUGACCAAGAAGAUAGUGACGACAGUGAUGAAGAGGAAGAAAAUCCUGAACCAGUAGUACGUCUUCCUAAGUCACGUAAACAUAAAUUGCAAAUAUUGAAAAAUCAGCAAAAAGGAAAUAAAAAACCUAAAGAGGUGAUUACACUGACGAGUAUAUUACGAAUCUAUACCUAA